CGGGCCCGAAGAGACAGUCGGAGCAGUCAGUGAACCUGAAACCUCUUUACGAUGCGGCUGGUGUCUUCCGUGAGAACGCAGCCCGGUUUCAUGCCUGGGAUCAGGUCUGGUACAGUGCUGUGUAUGGGUCUGGGGGAUUUGAGAGCAAUGUCAUGGGAAUCAAGCGUACUUCCCACAACACCCGAAUGGCUAACUUUGAAACUCGUCUUCUGGAUUUGGCGGAAGAUGGAGGCGUAAGUAUUGCGUUUUCUGAUUUAUCUGUGACCUCUUCUGCUGCCAUAUAA